AAUUAGACCUGAAACAAAGUUCAUCAGCGCAGCAACAGCACUCGCAGGAGUCAGCUCAGUCCCCACCAACGAAAGAUGUCGAAAUUGUUUGCAAUUGUUCUGCUGUUCGCCACAGUCUGCCUGUUCCUGGCGAAUGCUGCCCCAGCACAAAUACUGGAUGCACAGACCGCUAUCAGCAAGAUAAUUGCUGCCUACAACCGCAUCCCGGGACCUUCGCGAGUCUAUCCCGCGGAGGUGGCUACGCUCAUCGACCCAAACACGUUUGUGCCUCGCAAUUACUUCUUCUAAGUCGGUCGGAAAUGUCCCGUUUCAGCCGUCCUCUGUUGUGUUUACUAGUCUAAUAAGAGUUAAUAACUAAAAAUUCAUUUAAAGAAACUUGUGUAAAAACUAAAAAAUAAAAACUAUUUUAUACUGAAAA